AAGCCUCCGCGGUCCUAGAGGGGCCGCUGCCAGGGACACAUCGCUCGGCGAGCGCAGGUGGAGCCAGCGAGAGGCUCUGAGGCUGCCAGGGUGGUUGUGCCCGUUGCUCGGGCAAGGGGUGGUUCGCCGAGGGGCGCGGACCAGACAGACCCCGGGUCGGGCCUGGGAACCCCGAGAGGAGAGCCCAGCCCCGCGGCCGCACCUGGUGGAGGCGGCGCGGCGGAGAUUCGGAGACAUCAGCAGCUCAGCCUGACGCCCAGGAUCCCACCCCUUGUCAAAGACCAGGCCGUGGAAGCCAUGUUCCCACCAGCCAGGGGGAAGGAGCUGCUCUCAUUUGAGGAUGUGGCGAUGUACUUCACCAGAGAGGAGUGGGGCCACCUCGACUGGGGUCAGAAGGACCUCUACCGAGAUGUGAUGCUGGAGAACUACAGGAACAUGGUCUUGCUGGGAUUUCAGUUUCCCAAACCUGAGGUGAUCUGUCAGCUGGAGAACUGGGACGAGCAGUGGAUCCUGGAUCUACCAAGAGCUGGGAGUAGGAAGGCUUCCGGUAGUGCUUGCCCAGGUUCUGAAGCCAGACACAAGAUGAAAAAGCUAACUCCAAAACAGAAGUUUUCUGAAGAUUUAGAGUCAUAUAAGAUAUCAGUGGUAAUGCAGGAAUCGGCUGAGAAACUUUCAGAAAAGUUACGUAAGUGUAAAGAAUUUGUGGACAGUUGCAGGCUUACUUUCCCUACUAGUGGCGAUGAAUACAGCAGGGGCUUCCUUCAAAACCUUAACCUUAUUCAAGAUGAGAAUGUGCAAACCAGGUGGAAGCAGGGCAGAUAUGAUGAGGAUGACAAACCCCUCAAUCAAAGAUCUUUUCUUUUGGGGCACGAGCAAAUUCUCACAAGAGCAAAGUCUUACGAAUGCAGUGAAUGUGGAAAAGUCAUUAGGCGUAAGGCAUGGUUUGAUCAACAUCAAAGAAUUCACUUCUUAGAGAAUCCCUUUGAAUGUAAGGUAUGUGGGCAAGCCUUCAGACAGCGGUCAGCUCUUACGGUCCAUAAACAGUGUCACCUGCAAAACAAGCCAUACAGAUGUCAUGACUGUGGAAAGUGUUUUCGGCAGCUCGCGUAUCUUGUUGAACAUAAGAGGAUUCAUACCAAAGAAAAACCCUAUAAAUGUAGCGAAUGUGAAAAAACCUUUAGUCAGAAUUCAACCCUUAUUCGACAUCAGGUGAUCCACAGUGGAGAAAAACGCCAUAAAUGCCUUGAGUGUGGAAAAGCCUUUGGCCGGCAUUCAACCCUUCUAUGUCAUCAACAGAUUCACAGCAAACCGAACACCCAUAAAUGCAGUGAAUGUGGACAGUCCUUUGGUCGGAAUGUGGAUCUCAUUCAGCAUCAAAGAAUCCAUACAAAGGAGGAAUUCUUUCAAUGUGGAGAAUGUGGGAAAACGUUUAGUUUUAAGAGGAAUCUUUUUCGACAUCAGGUCAUUCACACCGGAAGCCAACCCUACCAAUGUGUCAUAUGUGGAAAAUCUUUCAAGUGGCACAAGUUUAUUAAGCACCAGGGCACUCACAAAGGACAGAUAUCCACGUGAUAUUAACUGGAAAGCAGUCACUGAAGGACUAGAACUUAACCUCUACUUCAAGUGUGUAUCACAUGAUUGUUUUCAUGAAAAGCAAUAAAUGUAACAAAGAGUUUUUCUAUGGGGGCCCUCUUUUUGUGGCCAAUCUGCUGCCCUAGUGAAGAAACACUUCAAAGGAAAUGUUAGCCUGGGCAACAUAGUGAGAUCCCGUCUCUACAAAAAACAAAAAAGCCAGGUGUGGUGGCUUACACCUCCAGUCCCAGCUACUGAGAAGGCUGAGGUGGGAGGAUCGCUUUAGCCCAGGAGUUCAAGGCUGCAGUGAGCCAUGAUGUGUCACUGUACUCCAGCCUGGGUGACAGAGCAAGGCUGUCUCAAAAAAAAAAAAGAGAGAAAAGUUUACUAGGCUGUUGUGUUCACUCUCUUGCACCCUCUAUGCCCUCAUCCCCUCCAGCCUAGUUAAGGCAGAAGGGAGCCAUAGAAGCUUUGCCCUGUGGUCGCCAGGCUGGGGACCAUUGAAUGGGUUGUGAAUAAUUGAAGGACUGAAGAAUGGGCCAGGUGCGGUGGCUCAUGCCUGUAAUCCCAGCACUUUGGGAGACUGAGAAUGGAGAGUCACUUGAGGUGAAGAGUUCAAGACCAGCCUGGCCAACAUGGUGAAACCCUGUCUCUACUGAAAAUAGAAAAAUU